UGUAUCUGGAGCUACCUCAUCAUGCCAACUUACACACAAAUUGCACAAAAUGACUCGCCCCCCGAAGAGAAACACAAUGGCGUUGUUGUCGAGGAAGACAUCGAGGAGGACGAGUUUCAAAAUCAGUGCGGUCUCGGCUGUCUCCGUUGCCGAUGCCUCAAAGUGUUCGCCCACCCGAACGUCUUCGUGUUGUGCGUGGGUAUGAUGGUCGUGACUAUGAUCGGUGCUACGGGAGUCUAUCUAGCUGGAGUCAUCUCGACCAUCGAGAAGAGGUUUCAGUUGAAGAGCUCCGAGUCUGGCAUCAUCCUUUCGAUGAAUGACAUCUCUGCUCUAUGUGGUGUACUUUUUGUUACAUACUUCGGAGGAAAGUCCCACCGACCAAGAAUCAUCGGUAUAUCUGGGAUAAUACUUGCCGUGGGAACCUUUGGGACGGCCCUGCCCCAAUUCAUCUACGACAACCCUGGCCUCGAUGACAUCAUCACGUCAUCAGACAAAUCAGGGCAAACAACGGGAGGGUCUGUCUAUGCAGAAGAACUCACAUGCAACGUCGGUGGUAACUACACAAAGUGCACCAGCGAAGAGAUCGAUGCGUCUGGUUCCCAACUCGGCAAGGCGUGGCCCAUCUUAAUGGGCCAGUUAUUGUGUGGGGUAGGCGGUACUUCCAUAAUCCCUCUUGCCUUGACAUAUCUUGAUGACGCAGUUGAGAAGAGACUACUGCCGAUGUAUCUAGCUCUUACAUUUCUUCCAAUGACAUUCUCAGCUCUGAUGGGAUUUUCAAUUAGUAGCUUCUGUCUUUCAAUAUAUACCGACUUCUACAAGACAGACGCCUCCGCGCUUGGACUGAACCCCCGGGAUCCCAGAUGGCAGGGGGCCUGGUGGCUUGGCUUUAUCAUCUACGGCUUCAUCUUGCUAGCUUGCUCGGUCCCUUUCUUCUUUUUCCCGAGAAAGAUGGACAAGCCUAAGUCCUACUGCUGUUUUACCGGGGUACCCGAGUGUUGUAAGGUGCUGACGAAGAGGGGCGGACCGCCGGGUGGGAUGGGAGUGCCUACCGGAGAAACGCCUAAUGCUGGCACCAAGUUAUCCAAAAAAACGAUGGAAAUUAUUAAGGAGUUUCUGGCCUCGUUAUGGCGCCUGCUAACCAAUAGCACCUACAUGUCUGCAACAUUUGGCUAUUGCUGUUCGGUGUUGGCUUUCUCUGGCUCAGCCGUGUUUAUAGCCAAAUAUAUGCAGUAUGAGUUUGCCAUUCUCCCAUCAAGAGCUGGAGUCUUAUUGGGUCUCACGAUAAUGCCUGGUACUGUAAUCGGAGUAAUGCUUGGUGGUAUACUAACAACAAUGGUCGCCGGCAGCCAGCGACGAUUUGUCGUACUCACACUCAUUUUGCACAGUCUAACUGCGGUGGGGUAUGGAAUACUAAUGCUCGUUGGAUGUCAGAACGACAGCAUUGCUGGACUGACAACCGAGUAUGGAUAUAAUGGUCAUCUAAAUGAUGGAACAAGCUUUGAAAUCAACGCACCGUGUAACAUGGACUGCACGUGCGAAAAGGGCGAUUACUCCCCUGUCUGUGGUACCGACGGAAUGACGUAUGCAACGGCGUGCUACGCCGGCUGUGAGGCGGUAUCGCUUGACCCACACAAUAACACGGUGUACCAGGACUGCAAGUGCAUCAACCAAACCCAAGAGUAUCCGUCCAAUUUUGCAACGAAAGGACCAUGCGCAUCGACCUGUGACAUGCUGAUGAUCUUUAUUGUGUCAUUCUGUGUCGUCUCCGCCAUCAAGGCAUCGACUCACAACUCGUCGUUCAUGUUAAAGUUCAGAUCCGUCUUGCCUAAAGACAGAGAGUUGGCAGUUGGGUUAUCUUCAUUUCUCAGCAAAAUUCUGGGUUUCAUACCAGCUCCAAUCAUCUACGGUGCUGCAAUUGAGUCCCAGUGUUUGUUCUGGCAGGAAUCAUGCGAGAAGACCGGGGAAUGUAUGCAGUAUGAUCGGCCAGGUUUGAGAUACGUCUACUUCGGGCUAACGGGAGGUCUGAAACUUAUUGUUGUGCUUUGCUACUGUCUGAGCGCUUACUUUGUUUUUAGGGGCGAUUCCACACAGAACGGGAAUGAAGAAGAAAAGAAUGCCACUGAGUUUAAAGAUGAGACGAAGACAAGACCAGGGACAGUUUAAAGGAACAUCACAGAUUUGUUUUUUGCGAACAAAACAGUUGCUGGCAGUGUAAGCACUUUAUG